AUGGAGGUGGCGCGCACGGAGCGCCCCACAGGCUGGCCCGCGGCGCCCCUCACCAGGACUGGGCUCCUGCUCUUGUCGACGUGGGUCCUGGCCGGUGCAGAGAUCACUUGGGGUGCGACAGGCGGUCCUGGGCGCCCCACUGGCCCGGCUUCACGGUCCCCUGUGCUGCUUCCUCUCUUGCCGCGGGCAGUGGAAAGCCAGUGGCCGGAGAAGCUGGCGACAGCAAGGAGAGGCGCCGCACUGGGGCACCAGCCCGGACCAGAGCCGCUACUCCAUCCAGGCGGCAUCAGUGGCAGAAAGAAGCAGGGAGAAGCCGGGGGGCUGUCCUCGGCAGGUGCACGGUGGGGACAGGACAUAUUGGCUACUGGCAAACCUGGCAGCUCAAGGAGGAGUCGCCGAGCGCAACCCCCUAGUGCCCUGGAACGCGAGGACACCCGGGCCACUGCCUUAUCCGAUGGUUCCAAAGGAAGCCGUCAUCUGGCCAAGGGUCUCCGGGAGGAGGUGAAGGCAUCGCGGGCUGGGGGUGCGGCAGCUGAAGAGCUCAGGCUGCUUAGCACCUCGUUCGCACUGACCGGGGACUCGGCCCACAACCAAGCCAUGGUGCACUGGUCGGGGCACAACAGCAGCGUUAUACUCAUCCUGACAAAGCUGUAUGAUUUCAACCUGGGGAGCGUGACUGAGAGUUCACUUUGGAGAUCCACAAAUUAUGGCACCACCUAUGAAAAGCUGAAUGACAAAGUGGGUUUGAAGACGGUCCUCAGUUACCUCUACGUCAAUCCCACCAACAAAAGAAAGAUCAUGCUGCUUAGUGAUCCUGAAAUGGAGAGCAGCAUAUUGAUCAGCUCAGAUGAAGGGGCAACCUAUCAGAAAUACCGACUCACCUUCUAUAUCCAGAGUCUGCUCUUUCAUCCCAAGCAGGAGGAUUGGGUGCUGGCCUACAGUCUGGACCAAAAGCUCUACAGCUCCAUGGACUUUGGGAGACGCUGGCAACUCAUGCAUGAACGCAUCACCCCCAACAGGUUUUACUGGUCGGUGGCUGGACUGGAUAAGGAGGCGGACCUGGUGCACAUGGAGGUGCGGACCACUGACGGAUAUGCUCACUACCUCACCUGCAGGAUCCAGGAAUGCGCGGAGACCACUCGGAGUGGGCCUUUUGCUCGCUCCAUUGACGUCAGUUCCCUGGUCGUCCAGGAUGAAUACAUCUUCAUUCAGGUAACCACGGGUGGCAGAGCCAGCUACUACGUGUCCUAUCGAAGAGAGGCCUUCGCUCAGAUAAAGCUGCCCAAGUACUCUCUGCCAAAGGACAUGCACAUUAUCAGUACCGAUGAGAACCAAGUGUUUGCAGCGGUCCAGGAAUGGAACCAGAAUGAUACAUACAACCUGUACAUCUCAGACACGCGUGGGAUCUACUUCACCCUGGCCAUGGAGAACAUUAAGAGCAGCCGCGGUCUAAUGGGAAACAUCAUUAUUGAAUUGUAUGAGGUAGCAGGUAUCAAAGGGAUAUUCCUGGCAAACAAGAAGGUGGACGACCAGGUGAAGACAUACAUCACUUACAACAAGGGCAGGGAUUGGCGCCUACUGCAAGCUCCAGAUGUGGACCUGAGAGGAAGCCCGGUGCACUGCCUGCUGCCCUUCUGCUCCUUACACCUGCACUUGCAGACCUCUGAAAAUCCGUAUUCCUCAGGAAGAAUCUCGAGCAAGGCGACAGCACCAGGACUUGUGGUGGCAACAGGCAACAUUGGCCCGGAGCUCUCAUAUACUGACAUCAGUGUGUUCAUCUCUUCUGAUGGAGGCAACACAUGGAGACAGAUCUUUGAUGAAGAGUACAAUGUCUGGUUCCUAGACUGGGGUGGCGCCCUGGUGGCCAUGAAGCACACACCUCUGCCAGUCAGGCAUUUGUGGGUGAGUUUUGACGAGGGCCACUCCUGGGACAAGUAUGCUUUCACUUCAGUUCCUCUCUUUGUGGAUGGGGCGCUGGUGGAGGCUGGUGUGGAGAACCAGAUCAUGACCGUCUUUGGCCACUUCAGUCUCCGCUCUGAAUGGCAGUUGGUGAAAGUGGACUACAAAUCUAUCUUCAGCCGACGCUGCACCAAAGAAGACUAUCAGACCUGGCACCUACUUAAUCAGGGGGAACCUUGUGUCAUGGGAGAAAGGAAAAUAUUCAAGAAACGCAAGCCAGGAGCUCAGUGUGCCCUGAGCCGAGACUCCUCAGGGACGGUGGUCUCAGAACCCUGUGUCUGUGCUGACUCGGACUUUGAGUGUGACUAUGGCUAUGAGAGACAUGGAGAGAGCCAGUGUGUCCCCGCUUUCUGGUACAAUCCAGCAUCCCCAUCAAAGGACUGCAGCCUUGGCCAGAGCUACUUUAACAGCACUGGGUACCGGCGGAUUGUAUCCAACAACUGCACAGACGGGCUAAGAGAGAAGUAUACCGCCAAGGCCCAGCUGUGUCCUGGAAAAGCCCCUCGGGGCCUCCACGUGGUGACUACUGAUGGGCGCCUGGUGGCAGAGCAGGGGCACAAUGCAACUUUCAUCAUCCUCAUGGAGGAGGGUGAUCUCCAAAGGACAAACAUCCAGCUUGACUUUGGGGAUGGGAUUGCAGUGUCCUAUGCUAACUUCAGCCCCAUUGAAGAUGGCAUCAAGCAUGUGUACAAGAAUGCAGGGAUCUUCCAGGUGACGGCCUAUGCAGAGAACAACUUGGGCUCGGACACAGCUGUCCUCUUCCUGCACGUCGUUUGUCCCGUGGAGCAUGUUCAUCUCCGAGUUCCAUUUGUUGCCAUAAGAAAUAAGGAGGUCAACAUCAGUGCAGUCGUGUGGCCCAGUCAACUGGGGACUCUUACCUACUUCUGGUGGUUCGGCAAUAGCACAAAGCCCCUCAUCACCUUGGACAGCAGCAUUUCCUUCACGUUCCUUGCAGAGGGAACCAACACCAUCACUGUUCAGGUAGCCGCUGGGAAUGCCCUCAUCCAGGACACAAAGGAUAUCGCAGUUCAUGAAUACUUCCAGUCCCAGCUGCUAUCAUUCUCUCCUAACCUGGAUUACCAUAAUCCUGACAUUCCAGAGUGGAGGCAAGAUAUUGGCAAUGUCAUCAAGAGAGCUCUGGUUAAAGUAACUGGUGUCUCAGAAGACCAGAUCCUGGUUGCUGUCUUCCCUGGCCUGCCUACUUCAGCAGAGCUCUUUAUCCUCCCCCCAAAGAACUUGACGGAGCGGCGGAAAGGCAAUGAAGGGGACCUGGAACAAAUUGUAGAAAUGCUGUUUAAUGCCCUGAACCAAAACUUGGUCCAGUUUGAACUGAAGCCAGGGGUUCAAGUCAUUGUGUAUGUCACACAGCUGACAUUAGCUCCAUUGGUGGACUCCAGCGCUGGGCGCAGCAGCUCGGCCAUGCUCAUGCUCUUGUCGGUGGUGUUUGUCGGCCUGGCUGUGUUUUUGAUCUACAAGUUCAAGAGGAAAAUCCCCUGGAUUAACAUCUAUGCUCAAGUUCAACAUGACAAGGAGCAGGAGAUGAUUGGGUCAGUGAGCCAAAGUGAAAACGCCCCCAAAAUCACACUCAGUGACUUCACCGAGCCUGAGGAACUGCUGGACAAAGAGUUGGACACCCGGGUCAUAGGAGGCAUUGCCACCAUUGCAAACAGCGAAAGCACAAAGGAGAUCCCCAACUGCACUAGUGUUUAAUACCAACAAGCCACACGGUCAACCAUCUUUGCGACUUUUUAUUUUUGAUGAUUACU